ACACAUGCUGAAAACUUCUGCUUUCACAAGGAAGACGGCUGUUAUCGAAAACAUCUGAACAGAAAUUGCUGUCAUUACAAAGAAAAAAUUGAUAAAGAUGUAGGCAUAUUGAGGUGUCACAAGUGACUCAAAGAAGACAUCACUGCUCCUCAGCUUCCUUAAAAGGGUGGUGAUAUUUAUGCAGCUGAAGCUCUGUGGUGUUUCACAACCAACAGUAACCACGAACUGGGUUUGGUGUCGACUGACGACUACUACCAGUCCGCUUCUUAUCAGGGGAAACUUUACACUAAAACGAUGAAAUGGUGUUCCAUGAAGAGAGGACUUGUCUUCUGCAUUUUGAGUGGUUUAUUGCUGUGUCUUCACAAUGGAUGGUGGGACGCAAACACCUACAAUUACUGGAAAAACACUGCAAACGUGACCAUCCUGCUGUGGAAGUGGCCAUUUGGACGCUCGUACAGUCUAAAGGGAAAUGUGUGCUGGGAUCUGUACAAAAUACCAAACUGUAUACUAGUGGAUCAGCGCUCCUUUUUCCCCUCAGCUGAUGUUGUUGUGUUCCACAACAGAGAACUGAUACAGGGACGCCAGCAGCUUCCAACCGAACUCCCACGUCCACAAGGCCAGAGAUGGGCCUGGAUGUCACUGGAGUCUCCCAAUCACAACGGAAACUUGAAGAAGUUUGCAAAUAUCUUCAACAUGACCAUUUCCUACAGGAGAGAUGCUGAUGUGACCAUACCCUUUGGUGAACUGUUACCUUUAGUGACUGAAAGUAACCUGGUGGAGGACAGCCAUAUAAAUAAGACCUCUUUGGUCUGCUGGGUGGUCAGCAACUACAGGAACCACCACAGAAGAACCCAAGUUUACAAAGAACUCAGUGCCACAGUUCCUGUGAAGGUUUAUGGACGUUGGAAUAAAAUGCCGCUCUCCUCUGAAGACCUCUUACCAACAAUCUCUCGCUGCUACUUUUACUUGGCUUUUGAGAACUCUCUGGCAAAAGAUUAUGUGACUGAGAAGCUGUGGCAGAAUGCUUACAAAGGAGGGGCUGUACCCGUUGUACUAGGACCCCCAAUAAGUGACUACAAAGCUGUGGCUCCAGAACAUUCUUUUGUCCAUGUCGAUGAGUUUUCAUCAGUACAAGAACUGGGGAAGUAUCUUCAAAGGCUUGCAGAGGACAGGAAGAAAUAUGAGGAAUAUUUUAACUGGAAAAAACAUUGGAAGGUGAAAGUGUAUACAGACUGGAGGGAAAGGCUGUGCAAGAUAUGUUUACAGUACAACAGUUUACCUCAGCACAAAGUUUAUUCAGAUCUAGAGGCCUGGGAGAAAGCUCAUAACACCUAACUUUGAGACAGUGUGGCUGUGUUUGAUCUGUUUACAACAUAUGUUGCUUUCAAUUUGCACUUAUGAGUAGAAACUGCAAUAGCAUAUAUUUAAAAACUUUGAACUUUGCAUUAUCAGAGCUGAAAUGAUUAAUCCAAUUAAUCAAGAUGAAUUGAUCUUUAAAAUAAUCAUCAGCUAAUAUAUACUAACAGUAUACAAACUCAAAAAUGCCAUUUGCUGGAAAAACAGAAAUUAACUCAAAAAUAUAUGUAUCGCUGUGUCUACAUUUUGCAUUAAAGGUAAAAAAUAACCUUUGUCUGUAAAUAUAUUUGGCCGAGAACUGUCAUAGUUUUUGCUUUGCUUGGUUCAAACGCUAAAAAAAUAACAAAGGAAUAAUAAUAAUCUCCUGUUAAGCACCUUUUUCUAUCCAAUUAUUAAUCAAUUAAUCCAAAACAUAAUCAACAGUUUAGCCCUGCACUAUAUUGAUGUCAACUCAAGGAGAAUGAUUUCCUCCUUGGGAACCAAGCAGAGUCAAAUUGCUGAUACUUGCAAAAACCCAAUUAAAGUAUGUCUAAGUUAGUCUCACUUCAGUCUGUGUCAUGUGGAGAAAAAGAAAAAAGGAACAGGAACAUUGACAAGAUUUUACACAAAAUGGUGAAGAUAGUGUGCGGCGUAGAGCUGAAAAGCACCAGGUGAAAAAUAAGUUUCUCUUUUCUGAUUCUUCAGUGAACUCACUAAAGGAGCUGCCAUGCAAGACUUGAUCAUAAACAUCAAAGACUUUGAUGUUUAAUAAAGAAGAAAUACUACCAAAUUUGGAUAUCCUGCAUAUGAAAGACUGAACCUGUACAGCUGCAGACAAUAAUAAGCGUAAUCAGGUAAAAGGGGAUUUUACAGUACAGCAAGAAUCUGGAGAAAGCUGCUGUAACAGCAUUUUGGCUAAAUCAUAGAUUCCUUCUAAUUAGCUGAAGUAGACAGGGGGCAGAGGAGGCUUUGUAUGUCAAAGGUCAAAAUUAAAACUUUAUUUAAUCAUUUGACUCACAGUUUAUAGUUGGUGGUUUGGCAAAGUUACUUUAGUUGCUCAGUGUCAGACUGAAACAACUGUCUAUUUCACAGAGUAAAGCAGCAUUUACCUAACACACAAAACAUGUCUGUCAUCAUCAAAAGUCAUAUUACAACACCGUCAUCAUCAAAUGUCAUAAUUAUCAUCAUGAUCCAGGAGCCUGACUCUGUCACAAGAGCCAUAAAAACCCAGAUGGAUGAUUAACCCAUGAUUUUUUAUUUUUGGAAAAAGCUGAAACAGUAAUCCGAUAUAAAAAGGAUUACUUUAUAAUAAAAUGAAAAUAAAAAAAUCUAUUUGACAGAAAAUCCAAAAUAGGUUAAAAGACUUAGAUUUCAGAGUAUAUUUAUAUUUUGUAAAUUACUCAUUAUUAUUUUUCUUUCAUUUUCGUUUGCAAAAAUAACGGCUCAAUUAUAAAAGUUUGGAUGUGUUACCUUUGAUGUGACUUCAUGUAUUUUUUGUGUCUACUGGUACAAACAGAAUUGAACUGCCAGAGUCAUGGGACAGAGAUAACAUGAGAUACCUGUGAUCUGAUCACAUCCUGUUAAAUAUAGAA